AUGUCGCAGAUGUCGCACAUGGGCGUGCGACGAGAGGAGGGCAGCCCGGUUUCGGUGCUAGAUGUGGGCAUGCGACGAAGCGACGAGAGCGAUUCAGAGUGCAAUAGUGGCGAAUUAUUUGCUGAUCGUUCCGUGAACUCCGUCUCAGAGUGCUACCCAGACGCGACCGUCGCACUACGUCAGCCGUCGAACGCGUCGCCUGCGUCGCCCAGCCAACAUGGCGACGUUGCCGUGGACCUCCUCCGCCUGUCGCCGCAAGACAUCGUCGGUGACGUGGCAGGCAUGGAGCAGGACCUCGAGUACGUGCGCCACGUGCUCCUCAUCUCCGGAUUUGGCGGGCCGUCGUUACCGCCGAUCUUCUCGCACAACCUCCCGAUAAAUCCGGUGGUUUUCGAGCAGCUGGAGUUUGAGAUUACGGGACAGCUGUCCCAACACUUCCCGUCCUCGUUAUCAGCGUCCUCGUUAUCGAGUACAAGCCCUUCCUUCAUAGGCCUAACAAGCCCAGUUGCUUCUUCCACCGCCGGAGCAGCAACAGGCGCGUCUGCUGCUGGUGCGGUUGGCGCGGGGGUUUCGCGGCUUCCGUCUCCGUCGCUCUUUCCGCUCCCCAGCUUCGCGGUCGGCGCGCAGAACACGUCGGAGGAGCGCCGCCAGCGCAUGCUGCUCUUCGACGCGGUGAACGAAGCGCUCGGCCGCACACUCGCGCCGUAUCUGGAAGAGCUGCAAGCGCAAGACGAGAUCAAGCGAGACGCAAACAAUCGCUGCUCGGGUCGGCCGUCGCAGCUUUUCGCAGAUACUACUAAUACUGGUGGCGCGAAUAACGACUUCGGCCUGUGGGAGCUGGAUAACGGCGCGUCUUUUUUCGCCUCGUGCUGUUCCGCCUCGCGCAAGCCCGCUCUUCUCCGCCCGCGCCCCAUCGGCCGCCAGCUGCUGCAGCGCGUGUGGGCGGAGGUGCACAGCUGGCCGGUUGCGCCGUCGGAUGACGUGUACGACAUUCUCGAUGACGCGGCGAGGAGGGAUAUGGUGCGCGGAACCGAGCGCUGGUCCGCGGAGGAAGUCGCGGCUGCGGAGGUUCCGCAGGUGGUGUUUGCGCUGGAAUCAGCAGUGUUGGAGCGCGUGCUAGAGGAGAUUUGCCGCGAAUUUGCGGAAGUGGAGGAGGAGCGCGCGCUGUCGCGGCAGCGGAGGCUGAGCGCGAAUGGUGCCGCGGAGGGAGUGUGCGCAGGGAAAGCUCCGGGGGGAGGACUGCGGAAAGGCGGGAGUGAUAACGCUCGCGAUGAGGAGGAGCUGGGCGAUGGCGGUACCGAAUGGAUGCGCCGUCCUGGCAAGGAAAGUGGCGGCAUGGAAGAUGCGUACGACGAUUGGUGUCCUUCUCCGCGCCCGAUGAAUGACGCUGCUGAGUCCGACGGUGUUGAGGAGUGGAUCGCCUCGCCGCGAAACGAGGUUGCUGCAGAGCCGGCUGAAACGGUUGCAACGCAGGUCGUCGAUGCGGCCACUCCUGAGUCAUCCGGUUCAGUCGCUGUGAAGAAGCGACAGUACACGCAGCAGGUUUUGCAGUGGGGAACACCGCCUCCGAAGCCCGUCGCUCCACCUCCCCGUGCUGCCCCACCCCCCAUUCGUCCCCUUACAGACGAGGAGAAGAAGAAGAAGGCGUACCUGAAGGCGCAGAAGAGCUACAAGUCUGAUUGGCUGCCGAAGUUUGACUGGCUGAUUCUGGACAAGACGCCAGAGGGUGACCCGUGCCUGCGCUGCAGUGUCUGCAUGGAGCACGGGAAGGACAACGCGCGUUACGGUCGCAAUGGCGCUGGCGGUCGUGAUCUGCAGAUCGGGUCGAUGCGGUGGCACGAGAACAGCGCGAAGCACGAGGACGCCAUGAACAAGCAGGCAAACCUUCUGCAGAAGAUCGUGGACCAGAAGAAGAUUGAAGACUUCGCGAAUGGAGAUCCGGAAGGCUGUCGCGUCGCGGUACUCAUGCGCGCCAUGCGUUUUGUGUGCCGUACCGACACACCCAUCCACAUGUACCCACAGGUCGUGCAGAUUCUCGCAGAGGAGGGGGUCGCCAACUUUCCGCAACAAAGCUAUGGAGUGUACAUCACGCACGAAGCACUUGCUGUGAAGGAGACGGCCGAAGCCGAGCAGUUCCAAGAUUUCCGGAUGGUAGACAAGGCCAUCCGUGCAGUGGGCGAGAUCGUGGGGAGAUCCACGCCGUGGUACGAGCGGUUCAAAGAGCUCCAGAUCGUGAUCCACAGCACCAACCUCGAGCACCAGGGACUGUUCGACGUGCGCUGGCUCUCCCGUGCCGAUGCGGUCAACCGGCUUGUCAAGAUUUUGGGGUCGGCAAUCGUGCUCUUUCUGGAGUACAAGCACAAGAUCGCCUCGGUUGUGAAGACCCUGAAAUUCCACUUCUGUCUGUAUUUCCUGGCAGACAUUUUGGGGGAGUUGAACUCCCUGAACCGUUUCUUCCAACGACGCAAGGUGGAGGUGACGCAAGUCACAGAGGAGGUCGACCGUGUGGUGUCCCUCAUCGAGCACCGCUACAUCGACUACGAUGGUGGUUUCGGGGCGGGUCUGAGCCCCAUCCUGUCUCCAUUCAUGGCACGUGUCAAGAAAGGGGACAAGAAGGUGAAGGUGGACGGCGUGGACGCUAGCGGCAUACCCGUCAAGCACACCUUCGAGCUCAGCGAGCUGCCGGACAAGAAGCACAAGUUCGGCGGGACGCUUGCAGAUUGCGUGAAGUUGGGCAAGGCCUUCGCCCGCGAGGUCGUGUACAACCUGAAGCACCGCAUGCGAGAUCUUCGUCGAAUGGGCGACUUGAAGCUUUUCAGGGUGGACAAGUGGCCAGCGAAUCCGGACACGCGUGUGAGACGUUGUGCCACGUGGCUCCGCGAGAACUCUAAACUCUUCAACCACCAGUUGCCAGAUGUCGUGGACAUCUGGCGCAAGCAGAAGAAGAGGCGGCCUACAAAAUCCCCUGCACCCUUCCAACCAGCCAAUGACAAGGGCGGGCCAGAGGCCAGUUCGGACGACGAACGGGAGGAUGGCGUGGCUUACGAUGAGUGA